AUGGAAGAAAAUAAAUUAGAUAUAGAAGAUGAUAUUGAAAACGUUUUAAAAAUUCUUCCAAAAGAUAUAGAAGCAAAUUGGCCAGAUAAAAAAGACUUUUUAAAGUAUUGUAAAGAAAUAGGUAAUUUAAAUUUACAACAGUUACAAAAGGAAAAACAAAAUUUACAAGAAGAAUCGAUUGAAAUUGCACAACAAAUACAAGAUUUAGCAAUAAGUAAUUAUAAAAAAUUCAUUGAAACAGCUGAAAAUACACGAAAUAUUUAUAAAGAAUUUGCUACAACCGAAACACUUUUAAAUGAAUUAGUUGAUAAAUUACCAGAUUUUGAACAGCAAUAUACAAAUUUUACAACAGAAUCCAAUGAUAUAAGUUUACAUCGUCGAUUAAGUACGUUAAUGUUUCAAAAGACAUCACAGUUAACAGAUUUCUUACAAUUACCGGAAUUAAUGGAAAUUAGUAUUGCUGAUGGAAAUUAUGAAGAUGCAUUAGAAAUUGUUGAUUUUAUACGUAGAUUAGCACAUAAAUAUCCAGAUAUUCAAAUUUUUACAAUAUUAUUAGGUGAAGUUGAAAAAUUAUGGUUAAUUAUUGUACAGAAAUUAUUAACACAAUUACGUUCGGACAUUCAACUUCCAAAAUGUUUACAAGCUGUUGGAUAUUUACGUUGUAUGAAUAUAUUUACUGAAGCAGAAUUACGUUUAAAAUUUUUACAAACUCGUGAUAGUUGGCUACAAUCAAUUUUAGAUGAAAUUCCAAAAGAUAAACCAUCACAGCAUCUUAGUAAAGUAAUUGAAUUAUCUCGAAUUCAUAUAUUCCAAAUAAUUACACAAUACAAUGCAAUAUUCAGUGAUGAUAAUAAAUUAGUGAUCACUAAAAAUGACGAACAUAUUAAUGAAGCUGCAAUUUUUCAAAGUUGGAUACAAGAAAAGAUUUCACAAUUUUUAAAAACAAUGGAACAAGAUCUAAACGAAUGCGAUGAUGGCUCUUCAUUCGGUUCAACAUUAAGUCAAUGCAUGUACUUUGGAUUAUCAUUCAGCAAAGUUGGUUGUGAUUUUCGUGGUUUAAUUGCACCAAUCAUAACAAAAUGUAUAAAACGUUACUUCAAACAAACCGUUACAAAUGGUACAAAAAAAUUUCAACGUGAUAUGGAUAGUUUUACGCUAAUCAACAAAGUUUACACAACAUCAGGUGUUGCCUCUAGUAGCAGUAAUUCGAAUCCACUUAAACGAGUAGAUAGUAAUGAUACAACACCGAAAUUAGAAAAUAUUCAAGAUUUUUAUCCAUUAGCCGAAUAUUGUAAUUGUUUGUUAACAGCAUUCAAUGAUUUACGAGUUUGUGCACCGUUAUCGCUAGUUUAUCACGUUACCCAAACUGUGCAACAAUCAUUACAGGACGUUGCAAAUAUUAUAUUGUUAUUUUAUCAACAUGAGCAUCAAGCAUUUACAGAAAUCGCAAAAGAACAAUUUACGCUGUUUUGCAAGUGUUUUGUUUAUGAGCUAAUCCCGUAUAUUCAGAACUGUAUAAAAUUAGUUUAUCCAACAUUACAUAUUUCCAAAUAUUUAGGUGUUCCUGUUACCGUUUUAGAAAAAGGUAAAUAUUUAACAUUAGAUCGAACCGUUAUUUUAGAACCGAUACAGCAUUUAAUACUGCCAUUACAUAAUGUUAUUGAAGAGGAAUUAACAUCUUCAAUAGCAACAUCGAGUCAAAUUAAAACUAAUGAUAGUGAAAUAUCGGAGACGGUAACUAAAUUGGUGGAUGAGAAUACAUUAAAGGAAGUGAUUAACGAUACCAGUUAAUUGAUUUUGUAUUUAUUUUUUGUUAUUUAUUAUUUAA